GCAGGUUGGGUUUAUUGUUGGUGGAGACUUUCCGACCUAUUUUUUUCUACUUCUGUGUUUGGGGCAUGGAAGAGCUGGCCAUGCUCAGGCAGCUCAUCGCUCAGCUUCAGGAUUUUCUUCAUCUCUACGGCUCUCCGCCGCCGCCACCGCCACCGCCGUCGUUGUCUUCCAACCUUCCGUUCUACCUCCUCCAUUACCACCACUCCCCGACCCCGCCGCAUCAGCAGCAGCAGCAGCAGCAGCAGCAACCGCAGCAAGAAGACAACCACAGAUGGUGCAUUCCCACUAUUGAUGAUAGUUCUACAGAUGAUUGCUUCACUCUCAUGAUGGCAGCUGGAAAAUCUGGAAGUUGCAAGAUGUUGGAAUCGUCCAAGCCUCCAUCAAAUAAGAAAGCAAGAAAGGAGCGGAACAGAGGUAAAUUACCUGGCACUACCAGUCCAAGUGAAGCAAUGGAGCAGGAAAUCUGGAAGGAGUUUCCAGAAGACCUUUUUGAAGCAGUCAUUGCAAGGCUUCCCAUUGCCACAUUCUUUCGCUUCCGUUCUGUUUGCCGGAAAUGGAACUUCUUGCUAGACUCACAAAGUUUUGCUCAGCACUGUUCUGAAGUCACACCAGCAAAUCCCUGGUUCUAUACAAUUAGUCAUGAAAAUGUGACAUCUGGAGCCAUGUAUGAUCCUUCCUCAAAGAAAUGGCACCACCCCACCAUCUCCUUCCUGCCAACAAAGAUGACUGUCCUGCCAGUUGCUUCAGCAGGGGGCCUAGUUUGCUUUCUUGAUAUUGGUCAUAGGAACUUCUAUGUAUGCAACCCUUUGACUGAAUCAUUCAGAGAAUUGCCAGCUAGGUCAGUUAAGGUAUGGUCCCGUGUUGCUGUUGGGAUGACCCUGAAUGGGAAGUCAGCUGUUUCAGGCUACAAGAUCCUUUGGGUUGGGUGUGAUGGUGAGUAUGAAGUUUAUGAUUCAGUGAAGAACUCAUGGAGUCGACAUGGAAGCAUGGCAGCAGACAUUAAGCUGCCACUAUCACUGAACUUCCGGUCACAAGCAGUUUCCAUUGGCAGCACUCUUUACUUCAUGCGGUCAGAGCCCGAAGGGAUUGUGUCCUAUGACAUGAUUACUGGGGUAUGGAAGCAAUUUAUCAUCCCAGCCCCACUUCAUCUAAGUGACCACACACUAGCUGAGUGUGAUGGUAGGAUCAUGCUUGUGGGGUUGCUGACAAAAAAUGCUGCCACUUGUGUGUGCAUAUGGGAGCUGCAGAAGAUGACGCUCUUGUGGAAGGAGGUUGACAGAAUGCCAAAUAUAUGGUGCUUGGAGUUUUAUGGGAAGCACGUUAGGAUGACUUGCUUGGGCAACAAAGGAUUGCUCAUGUUGUCACUGAGAUCAAGACAAAUGAAUCGGUUGGUUACUUACAAUGUGAUGAAUAGAGAAUGGCUGAAGGUUCCUGGAUGUAUGGUGCCGCGAGGAAGGAAGCGACAGUGGAUUGCUUGUGGCACUGCCUUUCACCCCUGCCUCACUGCUACUGCCUGAUUUCUAACUUCCGUUGUACUUUUGAUGCCAAUGGCAGUCGAGGGUGGUAGUUUUCCAUCAGCUAUAGCAUCUAUGCUUGUUAGCCGGUCACAAUCUUCUGGUGCAAGUUCCUCCUCAGCCGAAGGUGCUAUGUUGCUUUAGGGGCAGAGGAGUGAUUAAAUGGUGAUGGCAGCCUCUUUGUGCUGUGCUAAAUAUGUGAAUUAAUAACUGUCAUUUCCUGAAGUCUUUGAUUAUGUCAUGUGAUAGUUCUCAGCUGUGUAAGAAUAUUUGCUUAUUCACGGUGAAUUGAGAUGAUUCAUUGAUGGGUCGGUGGUUAAUACUUUAAACAAUAUGUUGAAAAGGUUCCUAAUUGAAUGUCUGAUACCUGGAGUGGAGGCUAAAGCAAUCGUCAAUAUUCAAGCAACUUCACGCGGAGGACGCUAGGAUUCCAAAUAAUAGUCUUUUGUUUAGCUUUUGCACUGCAUUCUUGAAUUGCAUCUCUUUUUCAGAAGCUGACCAGC